AUGAAAUAAACCUUUAGUACAGUUUAUAGAUGACUUGGAAUAAAGCGAUGACAGUUUUAAAGAGCUAAAAUUCUAAAUAUAUUAAGAAUUCACGUCUAAGUUUUGUCCAAGUGUGGAACUUGUCUUUUCUUUUGUCACAUAAAUCCAACAGGCUCCAUCCAAAUGAAAGGCAUGGUAGGAGUAGAAGAGGGGAAUCAUGAGUGAUUCCAACGCUAAUAAUUUGCACCUUGCAUUUUGUAACAGUAGGUAGGCAAAUCUAUUCGAUGCUCAUGGACCCUCUGCAUAUGUUCCUCCAAUUCUGCUUUAAUGGACCAUCACCUCAACAAAUUGUUGUUUUCGUUUCACUCUCUUUACGAUUACUUUUAUUCCAUCAACCUGUAGCACCACUGGGGGAAAAUACUGGUCAAACCAAUUAAAGCUCACUUGAGUUAAGCAUAUAGCUCCAUGUGCCAAAUUUUCACUGUUUCUUGGUCUUCAUGUGAAAUUUAUAAGAUAUGCAUCUCCACCUAAAUUUAAGUUUCUAGAAACAAAGGGAAGCUAAGAAAGGUAUCGGUUGAGUUUCUUUUGGUAGUGUGAGGGACCAUGGCUCAAGUCUAUUAUCAGUUCACACUAAGAGAAAAGGAAUCAACAGAUCAUGUUGGAGCCAACCAAAUCAGUCUCAAGAGAAGAUUGAAAACAUCCACAUAAAUUAAAGUUUCAAGGGAAAACAAGUGAAGUUUGUUAAAUUUUAAGGUUUUGGAAUUUAAUUUGUUACCAACAUUUAAUGAAUAAGGAAGGAUUAAAAUUUGAUAUGGGAAGUUGGUAAGUUUGACGUUAUAUAUUAAGUGAGAUUGCAGGAGGCAAAGCAUAUCUGUGAUGGAACCGAAAGGGUUAAAAGGUAACACGGAAAAGGAAUAAAGAUAAGGCUACACUUGACAUUUUGUCUUUGACGCUGCACCUUCAUCUUUUCCUUAACCUCUUCUUCCAAGUAAACUCUCUUCUCCUUCUUCUCCAUCUCUCACUAAACAUUCUCCCUUCCUUCUGCAAUGGCUGCUGCAAUCCACGCUACCAAGCAACAAAAGUUACCUCUUCAACAAAACCAACAAGACCCAAAUAAAUUCUAUUACCAUUUCCUCUACAAAGCGGCACUCUUUCUCAUAUUCUUCGUUAUUCUCCCCCUGUUCCCCUCACAAGCUCCUCAUUUCAUCAACCAAUCACUCCUCACCAGAAACUGGGAACUCCUCCACCUUCUCUUCGUCGGUGUCGCCAUCUCUUACGGCCUCUUCAGUCGCCGAAACCACGAGGCAGAGAAAGAGAAUAACCACUCCAAGUUCGACACCGCCCAAACUCUUGUCUCUAAGUUCCUUCAGGUCUCUUCCUUCUUCGAGGACGAGGCUGAAAACCCACCUGAGUCCGAUGAAACCAAAGUCCAAACGUGGAGCAACCAACAUCGCAGGAAUGAACCUGUGGUUGUGGUUGCUCCACCGUUGAAAAAGCUUUCUAGUUUUGAUGACCAGAGUGGGGACAAGCCCUUGCUUUUGCCCAUUCGAAGCCUCAAGUCUCGCUUGUCUGAUGAUGAUAAAGAUGUUGAUGUUCAAUCUCUAAAUAGGUCAAUGAGUUCUAGAAGAUUUUCAAGCACUUUGAAUAGAAAAGGUGAAGUCGUGGAAGCUGAUGGCGCGGGUGCUGCUGUUGAUGUUCAAUGUCUGAAUAGGUCAAAAACCUUCAAUAGAUUUUCAAGUAAUUCAAGUAAAAGUGCUGAAUUUGUAGCGGGUGAUGUUGAUGAUCAAUCUCUAAAUAGGUCAUCGAGUUCCAAAAGGUUUUCGAGCAACUCGAAUAGAAAAGCAGAAGUUGACGCCGAUGAUGUUGAUGUUGGUGUUCAAUCUCUAAAUAGGUCAGCAUCUUCUAAAAGAUUUUCAAGCAAUUCAAAUAGAAAUAAAGAAGUUGAAGGACCAAGAGCUGAGGACAAAAAGAAAGAGAGUGUGGUGCUUCCUUCUCCCAUUCCAUGGCGUUCUAGAUCAGGAAGAAUGGAACCUAAGCAAGAAGAAGUUGACGAUGCAUUUUCCCAUCAAUCUUCAAAGGAAGAAUCCGAGUUCUCCAAGGUGGAAUCUCGCCCACCGAAGCCUCAAACUUCACGUUCUUUUCGAGCAAGUUCCUUGUCUUCUUUAUCGACAGAAUCACUCGCCAAAAACUCAGAGGAUUUAGUGCGGAAGAAGGGAUUCUACAAAUCCUGUCCUCCCCCACCUCCACCACCCCCACCACCCCCACCAAUGAUGUAUCAGAAAUCAGUGUCCAUGAAGCCAAGGUACGGUGGUUCAUUCAUCGAACCCUCCUUCGAUAAAGAGUUGAAGAGAAGCUUCACAAGUGAGAAAAACAAGCCAACGGGGAAAAAACUUGCUGAAGAAAAAGAAUCCAUGCAACUCACGUCGUUUAGAAGUGACAAGCUCACGGGGCAUGCAAGCGUGCCUCUGGUGACACAGGCAGUUGAGAAAGAAAGCUAUCUUGACAAGGUACUUGUGGAAUCUGAUGAGGAUGAUGAAGAAGACACGGAAACCGAGGAUGAAGAUGUCGGAGGAGGAAUCAUGGUUGAGAACGAGGGAAAAGCGAAGGGUGGAGCUGUUAUUGGUGAAGAAAGUUCAAAAACAGAUAGUGGUUUCAGUGGAACAAGCGGUGAUGAAGGACCAGAUGUGGAUAAGAAGGCUGAUGAGUUCAUUGCCAAGUUCAGAGAGCAGAUAAGGCUUCAGAGAAUUGAGUCUAUCAAGAGGAGUACAAGGAAUGCAAGAAACUCUUCAAGGUAAAUAAUAUUGAAGAUCCAUAUCCAUAUAUCAUAUCCUUCUAAAUGGGAUGUAAUUAAAUUGACAAGGAUGUUUCUUUCCACAGAUUAAGGUUGUAAUUGGAUACUCCUUUCCUCUUCCCCAUAAACGGUUAUGGCAUAGACAGAUUUACUGAUCUUACUUAAGCCUUGCAAUAUCUUCAAUUUCUUAAUUAUGAGUUCUAC